GCUCAAGUGAGUGCUUCGGCUCGUUAGACUCUUCGAGUGCAUAUUCAUUGGUUGCAUCCAUAUAAUUAAAGAUUGAUUAUUGAAUAUUUGUGUAACAUUUUUGCGCUGUCUGCACUCAAAAGCGAUGCUUGAGACUUGCUUGGUAACCUUGACAUUAGCGGCUGUUAUAGCUGGACUCAURUACAGGUUUCUAACAUGGAACCUGCAUUACUGGGAAAAGCGUGGCAUAAAACAAGCGAAAUCCUAUACAUUUGUGGGCUCAUUUCCCAGCACAUUUUCACAACAACGGAAUAUAGCAUAUGAUUUCAAUGACAUUUACAGAGCUUAUAAGCACGCUGAGAAUUUUGUCGGUGUUUUAAUGAUGCGCACUCCAAAACURCUAGUGCUGAAUCCUGCUUUGGUGCAGCAAAUUUUUGUUACGGAUUUCCAAAAUUUCCACGAUAAUGAGAUUUCAAAAAAAGUCGACGAAAAUAGUGACUUUAUUUUCGCUAAUAACCCGUUUGUAUUAACCGGCUCUAAAUGGAAAGAGCGCAGAAUGGAAAUCAUACCCGCCAUGACACCAAAUCGAAUAAAAGUCGCCUAUCCAAUCACCUUGGAUGUGUGUCAACGUCUAAUACGCUACAUUAAAGAGCAAACUAAGAUUAGCGCUACCGAAGCUAUGGACACCACAGAGAUCUUCUUGCGCUACACAUCCGAGGUUGUCAGCGAGUGCGUUUUGGGCAUUCGUGCAAACAGUUUCGGCAAGGAGUCGUCGCCAAUUUAUGCCAAUACGAAAAAAAUGUUCAGUCAAACUUAUAUUUUUCGAUUUUACCAACUGCUUAACGGGUUCUUCCCCGCGUUGGAGCGUUUCUACAAAAUGCGUUUCUUUCCCAAAGAUGUUGAAGAUUUCUUCAUCGGUUUAACGCAGAAAACCAUCGAUUUGCGGCACAAGCAAGAUGUGGAUAAAGCCGAUUUUAUUAAUUAUAUGUUGCAACUGCAGCGGAAACGAAAUAUAUCGACGCCGGAGGUAACGUCGCAUGUGAUGACCUACAUAACCGAUGGCUUUUUAACAACAACAACUGCUAUAACACAUUGUUUGCUGUUGCUCGCACGCUACGAAGACAAACAGCGUCAAUUGCGCCAAGAAAUUGCGCAGAAUCUGGACGUAGAUGGUAACUUGAGCUUCGAAGCGCUCUCGGAUUUGCCAUACUUAGAUGCUUGUUUACACGAGGCUUUAAGAAUGUUUCCUCCGAUACUCUUCAACAAAAAGCUGUGCACGAACUCUUGUGAGCUGGUUAAUAAAGACGGCAGUAUUUUGAAAGUGGAGAAGAAUGACGUCAUUUUGAUACCGGCCUACUGCUUUCACCACGAUGAAAGCAUCUACGAGGAACCAGAGUUAUUUAAACCAGAGCGUUUUCUACCCGAAAAUGGUGGCUUAAAAAGUUAUCGCGAUAGGGGCGUAUUCUUGGCGUUCGGUGAUGGACCACGUGUGUGCCUAGGCAUGAGAUUUGCGCUCACUCAAAGCAAAGCAGCAAUUGCCGAAAUCGUGAAGAAUUUUGUCAUCAAACCCAAUCCAAAAACCCGUACGGACAAUACCUUAACUAAAGAUAGUUUUUUUGGCAGCUUGGAAGGUGGAGUUUGGCUCGAUUUUGAAGCCAUUGAAUCGAAAUGAAUAUGUUUUGAGAAUUACUAACUUUAUUUAAAUACAUAGAACAUAAYAUAAAUAAGAUUUAUUCCCAUAACUAUUGUAACAUGCAAGUUUUCAGCUUCACACCCUCGACUAUUACAGUAUCUAACCUUCACUAACUCUCGUCCUUUAACCCCAAAGUCACUAGUUUUGCCAAGUGGACACUUAUUUGCUAGUUAACAUAAUGACAAUUGCUAUAAAAAUGACGGCGUAUUAAUUGCUGUCAUAUUAAGUGGAGCCAAGCAGCCGGCGCUCGACACACGCAACACACGCCGCACGCGCCGCAACAGACAGACUGGCGGCUGGACAGCUAUAAUUGGCAACAGGACAAUGUGUGGGCUCAAACAGGCGAUGCAAACACAARAUGCCUGAUAAAAUGUGCAUUAUAUAAUGCUAUUUUUACAAUAUUGCUUUGCAAUUGCUUGCGCGAAUGACACAGCAAUGGAGGACAAUGAAAAUGUUAAGUACAAAUAAAAAAUGUUGAGCUUAGAGUGACACUUGUAAAUAGAGUUUAAUUAAGGCAUUUUCUGUUAAAUUAACCUUUUGACAAAACUGUUAAAWAUAAUUUAAAAGGUUUGGAGGUUA